AUGAGCAAUUCCUCUUCUUCCGAUGAUUUCUACAAAUCCUACCCGAUAACCUGUGAUUUAUCCUAUAAUCCAUUUCUCGAAAUAUUCAAAUAUAUAAUUCAGGCGGGUUAUUUGUUCAUUGGAGCAUGUUUGAUCAUUUAUAUGUUAUAUAUUAUGCUGUUCAAAUAUCGACCGAUUUAUUGGUCUAAAAGUUAUUUUCGAAUUUUCAUUUUCGACUUGAUUACGGUUCGUAGAAGAAUCCAAGUUAAUGUAAUACCAAUUCAAGAUCUUCCAGACACUUAUCCGCAUUCUCUCCGAUAUGUUUUUCGGCCGAGUUAUCCUAAAUAUCCCUCCACUUUGCCCAAUUCUAUCCCCAUUUUUCUCCGAUUACUCAUUCAUCCUAAAAUCUCACAAAGUCAUCGAAAACUACGUGGCAGCUUCGAAAUCCGUCUGCCAAGUUAUUCUAACUCUCAACCGGAUGACGUGCACAAUGCUCCCCGUUACUCAUAACUAUUAUUGGGAUAAAUAUAUAGUUCUAGCAAUGUUGCUUAACUUCGCUCUUCCGUUUGGCGCAAUCUGGAGUUUGAUUCAUAGUAGAGUUUAUGGCAAAUCUACAUUUGGUGGAUUCUAUACGAGUUAUAAAAGAGCUAUAAGUUGGGCGAGUUUAUCGCGACUUCAAUCGAUAUGUGUGACUAUUUCGAUAGUCCUGACGCUGAUUUUUUCAACACUAACUUUCUGGAGUCUCAAAAAUCUGUCAGAGCGUGCAAAAAAUGUGGAGAAAAUGCUAUGUUUUGUGACAUUUUGGUUAACUGGAGUGUUCGUGUUUAUUUCCUCGAUUUGGUAUUUCUGGGCAUUGUGCUCGAAUUGCUCCUGGGAUAAUCCUUGGAUCUUCCAAUGGCAAUUGGUUAGCUAUGAUUUAAUGAUGUUGGGAACUCCGAUUGUUAUGAUCAUUAUAAAUCGGCAAUUGAGGAAUUAG